GUCGGUGUGUCGCGCGCAGGGAUCAUGUCGGUGCUCGCUUUACAAGAGUACGAAUUUGAGAGGCAGUUCAACGAGGACGAAGCCAUCCGAUGGAUGCAGGAGAACUGGAAGAAGUCGUUCCUGUUCUCGGCGCUCUACGCAGCUUGUAUCCUGGGCGGCCGGCGUUUGAUGAAGCAGAGGGAGAAGUUUGAGUUGAGGAAACCGCUGGUGGUCUGGUCCUUAACACUCGCUGUGUUCAGUAUAUUCGGUGCCAUUCGCACGGGGAGCUACAUGACGUUCAUCCUGAUGACUAAAGGCCUGAAGCAGAGUGUGUGUGAUCAGAGUUUCUAUAACGGACCCGUCAGCAAGUUCUGGGCGUACGCCUUCGUGCUGAGUAAAGCACCCGAGCUCGGUGACACCUUGUUCAUCGUCCUGCGUAAGCAGAAGCUGAUGUUCCUGCACUGGUACCACCACAUCACCGUGCUGCUCUACUCCUGGUACUCGUACAAAGACAUGGUGGCGGGCGGCGGCUGGUUCAUGACCAUGAACUACCUGGUUCACGCCGUCAUGUACUCGUACUAUGCGCUGAAAGCGGCUCGAUUCAAGGUGUCACGCAAGUUCGCCAUGUUCAUCACGCUCACGCAGAUCACGCAGAUGCUGAUGGGCUGCGUGGUGAAUUAUCUGGUGUACCAGUGGAUGCAGCAGGGCCACGAGUGUCCAUCACACUUCCAGAACAUCCUCUGGUCCUCGCUCAUGUACCUCAGCUACUUCGUGCUCUUCUGCCAGUUCUUCUUCGAGGCUUACAUCAACAAAACCAAAUCCAAGAACAACACCAAGAAAAUUCAGUAGAAAGAAGUACCAAAAGAUAGAUAAGAGGGGUUGAGGAGAUAAAAAGAGGACCAAUGUGAGGGGUUUACAGAACCUAAGUUGAUCUGAGGUUAAUCUAUGCUUGUGCAUACUGUACUACUAACACAAAUACACCUCCCCUCCACUAGGGGGGGGGCUCGACUGAGCUGCACUGAAGAAUUACUAUUAUUAUUAUGACAAUAAC